UCCCAUCGUCCGGGCCACGCCGCCUCCCCUCGCACGUGGCCUCGCCGCCGCCGCCAGCCUCUUGCCCCCAGACCCGCUCCUGCAGCCAUGGCUCCCGGCCAGCUCGCCCUGUUUAGUGUCUCUGACAAAACCGGCCUUGUGGAAUUUGCAAGAAACCUGACUUCUCUUGGUUUGAAUCUGAUCGCUUCCGGAGGCACUGCAAAAGCUCUCAGGGAUGCUGGGCUAGCCGUCAGAGAUGUCUCUGAGCUGACGGGAUUUCCUGAAAUGUUGGGGGGACGUGUGAAAACUUUGCAUCCUGCAGUCCAUGCAGGAAUCCUGGCUCGUAAUAUCCCAGAAGAUAAUGCUGACAUGGCCAGACUUGAUUUCAAUCUUAUCAGAGUCGUUGCUUGUAAUCUGUAUCCCUUCGUGAAGACAGUGGCUUCUCCGGAUGUGACUGUUGAGGAGGCUGUUGAGCAAAUUGAUAUUGGUGGAGUGACCUUGUUAAGAGCCGCAGCCAAAAACCAUGCCCGAGUGACGGUGGUGUGCGAACCAGAGGACUACGCGGCGGUGUCCACAGAGAUGCAGAGCUCCGAGAGUAAAGACACCUCCUUGGAGACUAGACGCCAGUUAGCCUUGAAGGCAUUCACUCAUACGGCACAAUAUGAUGAAGCCAUUUCGGAUUACUUCAGGAAACAGUACGGUAAAGGGAUAUCUCAGAUGCCCUUGAGGUAUGGAAUGAACCCUCAUCAGACUCCUGCCCAGCUGUACACAAUGAAGCCCAAGCUUCCCAUCACAGUUCUAAAUGGAGCCCCUGGAUUUAUAAACUUGUGUGAUGCUUUGAAUGCCUGGCAGCUGGUGAAGGAACUCAAAGAGGCAUUAGGCAUUCCAGCUGCUGCCUCUUUCAAACAUGUCAGCCCAGCAGGUGCUGCUAUUGGAAUUCCACUCAGUGAAGAUGAGGCCAAAGUCUGCAUGGUCAAUGAUCUCUAUAAAACCCUCACUCCCAUAUCAACUGCUUAUGCAAGAGCAAGAGGGGCUGAUAGGAUGUCUUCAUUUGGUGAUUUUGUUGCAUUAUCUGAUGUCUGUGAUGUACCAACUGCAAAAAUCAUAUCCAGAGAAGUAUCUGAUGGUAUUAUUGCCCCAGGAUAUGAAGAAGAAGCCUUGAAAAUCCUUUCUAAAAAGAAAAAUGGGAACUACUGUGUUCUUCAGGUUAGUGCAAUUCGUUUGCCGGAGUCUGCCCUCAGGGACCUCAUUGUGGCCACCGUUGCUGUCAAGUACACUCAGUCGAACUCCGUGUGCUACGCCAAGAACGGGCAGGUUAUCGGCAUUGGAGCAGGACAGCAGUCUCGGAUACACUGCACACGCCUUGCAGGGGAUAAAGCAAACUAUUGGUGGCUUAGACACCAUCCACAAGUGCUUUCGAUGAAGUUUAAAACAGGAGUGAAGAGAGCAGAAAUCUCCAAUGCCAUUGACCAGUAUGUGACUGGAACCAUCGGCGAGGAUGAAGAUUUGAUAAAGUGGAAGGCACUGUUUGAGGAGGUCCCUGAAUUAUUAACUGAGGCAGAGAAGAAGGAAUGGGUUGACAAACUAAGUGAAGUUUCUGUCAGCUCUGACGCCUUCUUUCCUUUCAGGGAUAAUGUAGACAGAGCUAAAAGGAGUGGUGUGGCGUACAUUGCUGCUCCCUCCGGCUCUGCUGCUGACAAAGUUGUCAUUGAGGCUUGUGAUGAACUGGGAAUAACCCUCGCUCACACGAAUCUUCGGCUCUUCCACCACUGAUUCCAUCACACAUUAUUUUAUGGUUUGCAUAUGUGCAGGUGACUUCAUGCAUGGAAUUUUGAAAAUAACUUGUUUUUCAAAAUAAAACAUUAAAUCUUAAUAAUUGG